AAAAAAAAUAAACUUAAUCGAAAACAACACAGACGUGUUACCGGAGCCGUGGGUGGUGCUAUUACCCAACAGACUGGUGCCAAUCGUUAUAUACCCGAAAGUAUGCGCGGUCAAGUUAAUCAAGCGGUGGGACAAGCCGCCAUGAAUGAAUUAUCGAAUGUUUUUGCCCAACGUUUCAAGUAAAUUUAUGGAAAACUAUUUAAAUUAAUACAAAAUAAAAUGCUUGUCUCUUGCUCUCUCUCUCUCUCUGUCUUAAAAACUCUCUUAAACUGUAAAGACACAAAUUAACCGCAAAAGAGCCUUAUUUAAGAGUUCUCUUUAAAUUAUAAAUAUAACUUAAAAUAUGUUUGUGUAACUAAUCUUUAAUAUAUCCUUUUAAAAUCAUUAUCA